AUGAACACAAGACAAGGAGGAAGAAAAACGCCUGACGAGCCUGAUGACGGUCCUGGCUUAACAACAGCUGACCAACAGGGGGCACAGGCAAGUGGUCCACAAGACAAGAUGGAGGAAAUAGCUGGGAUGAUGAAGUCUAUGAUGUCAUCCCAGUACACUCGAGACAAAAUGGUGGAGAAAGAGCGGGCCCGGCAGGAGCAACGCUGGAACGCUAAGCAGGAUCAAGUCCAGCAACUUCAGCAGCAGCUAAUGCGGAUGCAGACAGAGGGUUCUGCACAUCCAGAACCGACCUCGUGGUCUGUUCAAGUCGAGAUAGAUGCAAGGCAAAGAACCUUGGAGGCACAAACAAAUGAUGAUGAGGAUGAUGACGACAUACCUCGUUACCCCCACAGACCAUACCGGGAACCAAAGCUUCUCCCACUUGGUCCUGGAGAUGAACACUUCCUCACUAGGGCGGCACGGUGGCUGAGUGGAUAG